AUGAAACGCGCUGCUGCUGAUGAUGCGUGUGGUGGUGGUUUGGUGGCUGUGACAUCGCGACCCGGGACCCUCCUCCUGUGCUGCACAUUGGCGCUACUUGCUGUCGGCCCUCUUCAGACACGUGCAAGCAAUCAGGCUGACAUGCACUUGUGUGCACGGGUGGACGGGACACUGAAUCGGAUUUUGCGCACCUUCCAUCACUUUGAUGUACCGUUUACACGACACGCUUCGGCACACGGCAAUGCUCCUUCGGUUGACCGAGACCAGCUCCAUGAGCAUGGCGAGAGCCGCAGCUCUCUCGGUCCCAAAGAUGUUGAGCUGCCCAUCGACCUCACGCCAAUCCAACAGAUAAUGCAACGUUUCGGGUGCGACAACCUGCAUGCCCGUGUGCAGCGUGAUCCCACCAAUCAUUCAGUACCCUCACUGCUGGAAGAGCCCCGUGCAAGCGCAAAUGCCAGCAUCUUGGCGUCACAAUCGCCAUAUUCCACACCACACUCGAGCCAACAGCUCGAGCGCAUGCGGCGAGCGGAGCGAACCACACCUCAAGAAGGAAUCACGUGCACGCUGGCCAAUGUGCUGCAGAACAACUGCCGCCAUGUUAAUGAUGCAAUGGCCCUAACCAUUGAUGUGGACGUAGCCGUGAAUGAAACGGCUGCCGAAGUUAGUGCCCUGCACGAAUUGUCUUCAAACACCGCAUCCUUAACACUGCGAGGAGACCUGCGCGAGGAGACACUGCAGUGGAUCUUUGCCAAUGGAAACUGGACUACAUGUCGCGAUCUGACCAUCCGUGAAGAGCUCGCGUUCUCCACCUUCGACAUGAGCAUGCUCAACGGGUUCUCUUCCAUAGAGCACGUGAGGCUGGUGCACAACUUUCGCUUGCAAGGUCUCGAUACCACCAACUUCAGCCGCAAGAGUCAGCUGAGGUCUCUGGAUCUGCAGCACAACUCCUUCAUCAGCCUGCCAGACAAUACAUUCGAGGGCAUGACAGGCUUGAACAAGCUGAACCUGACACACAAUCGCCUCGACAGUCUCAGCAAGCAGACGUUUGCGGGGCUGUCAGCCCUCACCCACCUCUGGCUAUCGGAAAACCUGCUGACGGCAUUACACACGGAAUCAUUGGCUGGCAUGCCCGAGCUGCUAUUCACCAACGUGUCCUUCAACAAAAUCAGCAACAUCUCAACGGAUGCCUUCGGCAUGGUCUCAAACUUGACGCAUCUCACCUUGGACUUCAAUCCCAUACGAGCCCUGGCCCCCACGGUGUUCGCUCCUCUCAAGGCACUUGAAAUCCUUCGUCUCAACAACAUCCUCCUUGAGACCCUGCCGCCCAAAGCCUUCAACGGGAAUACGCAGCUCAAAGAGCUUUUCCUGAUGAACAACUUUCUCAUCUACCUUCCCGAAGAUGUGUUCUCCGGGCUGCAGGAACUUUACAAUCUCAGGCUCACGCGCAACAGGUUGAGGAAGUUGCCGCCAACCAUAUUUCAUGGCCUUUCUUCGCUGGUGAAUAUUUCCGUGACAGACAAUCGCCUGUCCGAGCUGCCUGCUCGGUUGCUCGAAAAGUGCCCCAAGCUGGAAGGCUUCUUCUCAAGUCGCAACGAGCUUAAGAAAGUGCCCCAAGACCUCUUUCACAGGUGUCCCCACAUUCAGCGAGUGUUCUUUCAAGACAACAAGCUCAAGCAUUUCAACGGAGUGUUCAACAACCUGGCGCAGUUAAAAACCAUUGAUGCUGCAGGCAACGAGCUUACCCAGGCCACCUUCGACACCCCCCUCCCAGAAUUAGCUCAUCUGCGGCUCAGCAACAACCCUCUCACACAGCUGCCAAACUUUACGCAGCUCACGAACCUGACCGAGCUUCGGCUGGACCAGCAUCGCAUCAAACGGCUCAACGUGACAGACGCACUGCAGCUGAAGCUGGAGGUCUUGGAGCUGGAUGCAGCACCCGAUGUCGACUCGGAGCUCGUCGUUGACAGGGGAGCUGUUGCGGCAAAGAACUUAACAAGUCUGCAUCUGCGCACCUUGCGAUUGGAGAAUGUUGACGUUCGACGCGCAUUCAAGAUCCUCGGGAACUUGUCGAUUCAGCUCGAAAUUUUGCAUGUGGGUUGGCCCGGCGCUGACAACCAGACCUUGCAGGUUCAGAACGUGUGCUCGCUUCUAAGCAAAUCUGUCACCGAGCUUGGGCUGUCCAACACUGACUUUGAGGAACUGCGUCUGGACGAAUGCAAAAACCACACCUUCGACACUGUGCUGCUGCAGAACAACAAAGAGCUGAAAUCUGUGCGCAUUCACACCCCGCUGAGCUUGCUCGAUGUCUCUGGGUGCCGGCAGCUGGAGACAAUUGACGUGCCUUCAAUCGAUGCGUUGGACAUAAGCAACACUUUGUUUCCGCCGAGCCCGGCCCUCUGUACUCGCUGGGGCCGCCAUGCGCUGUUUGCACGCAACCUGCCCGAGACACACUUUCAGACUCGGGUUGCGGAGGCUGCUUUGGCCACGUGUCUCCAGCUAGUGCGUGUGCUGGAUUUGUCCGACAACGCGUGGCUGCGCGCUCCCAGAAGAAUUGAGCAGGUCGCUGGCGGACCAGUCGCCCUGUCAUCGCAGCAGUUUGAGACUGCCGGUGGCACCUCUGUACUCUCCCGAGAUACACCCCCAGUUUUCCAACUGCAAGGGUCACCGGUCGAGUGUGGUGCAGAGCUGGAACGACAGGACCUCCGCCUCGCCAAUGAUCACAGUGUGCAAGUCACUCAGCUUGUGUACAGCUUCCGGUGUAAAUGCACUCAACAACACCAUCUGUCUGGGGAUGCCGACGACAGCGAGUGUGUGCCAGAUGGAGCAAACAUUCCUGCCAUCGUUGUUGGAUCCCUUGCCGGUGGCACAAUCCUUCUUGUUCCCGUGAUCCUCUGGCUAUAUCGCCGAUACGCACGCUCGCACAAGAGCGACAAGUUGCACAAGAGGCUGCUGUCAGAACGAGACGAGGAGGUGAUGGCGCUGAAGAAGGCGUGGGAGAUUGAGUAUGAUGAGUUGAAGCUGAUCAAGCGUGUUGCUGCGGGUGCGUUUGGCGUGGUGUUCAAGGCAGAAUGGGACACAGUGAUGGUGGCGGUGAAAGUGCUGCAGCAAGGGGUGAUGAUGUUUGACGAGACCACGGUGCAGGAGUUUGAGAAGGAGGUGGAGUUCCUGCAGCGUACACGGCACCCGCACGUGGUGCGGUUCUUUGGCGCGGGCACAGAUCCCAACGGCAGCCCCUUCCUUGUGCUGGAGUAUGUGGCGAUGGGGUCGCUCAAGGAGCUAUUGGAGACGGACAUGGAAGAGGUGCUGGUGGACCUGCGAGCGAGAGACACGGGGAAAGGUGGCGGUGACGUGACGAUGGCAGACCUGGGCGAGGACUUGACUCUGGUGAGCGUGACUGACAAUGACGAGGCAAACGCAAUGACUGUAUGGGACCUGAAGCUGCGGCUACUGCGCGAUGUCGCGAGUGGCAUGGCCUUUAUCCACAGCCUCGACCAAGUUCAUCGCGAUUUGAAGAGCGGGAACGUGCUCGUGUCCACCACGCUGCGCGCCAAAAUCACGGAUUUUGGGUCCAUCCGCCAGUGCUUAGCCUCUGUCAAUCCUGUGGCAACCACGAGGUGGACGAUUGGAGGAAGCACGCUGCUGUACUCGCAGGCGGCGGGCACGGCAACUAUGAAUCCCAGCAUGACGAUGACGGCUGGCGUGGGCACCCCGCUGUACAUGGCACCAGAAGCCCUCAUCGGUGGCAAGUACAAUGCGAAAGCAGACGUGUUCAGCUUUGGCGUGCUGAUGUGGGAGGUCGCGACACAGCGUGUGCCCGACUUGAUUGAGCAGGAGAAGGGAAGUGACUUCCACGGCCCAAUGCUGGCAACACUCAGCACCCUCCUGCACGAAGGAAAGCGGCUUCGCUUCGAAGAUGAAGAUAUGGUGCCCGAAUGGUUCGCUCGUUUGACGUGCACAUGCAUGGAUAUCAAUCCCCGCGAACGACCCACGUUUGAAGAAAUUCACGAUGAUUGCUUGCAGGCAGCGCAGACGGCUGCAUAG